AUGUCAAAUCCGUUUUUCAAAGUAGUCAGGGAAAAUCUUAUGUUUCUCCUGAUACUCCUUGGAGUAAUUUUGGGUAUUGUACUUGGACUUUUUCUCAAUGAUAAAGUUCAACAUUCAACGGAAUUUACCCCACGAGAACUGGCAAUGUUUAUUGGUUUUCCAGGAGAAUUAUUUGUGCGAAUGUUGAUGCUUGUAGUGUUACCUUUGAUUGUAUCCAGUGUUAUAACUUCUCUAACAAUGAUUGACAGAAAUGCUGCAGCAAAAAUUGGGAAACGUGCCGCGGUUUACUUUUUGGUUAAUUCUCUAAUCGCAACCAGCUUGGCUGUUGUUUUAGGAGGAGUUAUGAUAAAACCACGAGCUCAUGAAGUCCAAGAAGAAGACAUGAAUCCAAAGACAGGAUCCAGUCCUAUCUACGCCAUACUGGAUAUGUUAAGGUAA